AUGGCGACAGCUAACAACGCGAACGACGUGCCGCGCACCAAGUUCUUCCUGCGCGGCAAGGGCGGCAUCGAGUCCAUGUGGGGCCCGCCGUCCUCCAGCAAGGACGAGGUCAAGAUCGAGCGCGACGAGAACUUCGACGCUCCGGGCGCCGCGGACCUCAUGGAGUUCACGGAGGACGGCAAGCUCGUGGUGCUGGUGCGCACCGCCUCGGGCUUCACGGUGCGCGACGCGGACACCGGCGCCGUGGUGGUGGAGGCGGAGAACCCGGGCAUCCACGCGGUGGCCUGGUCGCCUCUGGGCUCGCAGCUACUGACCUGGCAGCGCCCCCAGAAGAACUCGGACCUCGGCAACCUCAUCGUGUGGGACGCUGCCACUGGCAAGGAGGUGGAACGCUUCAACCACAAGUCCUACACGCGCGACAAAUGGCCGCCGCUCCAGUGGUCCUCGGACGAGACGAUCUGCGCGCGCCAGAGCGCGAACGGCGUCGUGCUCUACAGUGGCCGCGACAUUGCGGCGGGCUCGAUUGGCCAGAUUAACCUCCCGAAUGUGGCGAACUUCAGCGUGGCUCCUGGCAGCGCUCCGUACAAGGUGGCUCUCUUUGUGCCGGAGAAGAAGGGCAAGCCUGCUAGCGUUAAGAUCUACCAGUUCCCAAGCAGCCUGGACACCCCCACGGCCACGAAGAGCUUCUACAAGGCUCAGGACGUGACGUUCAAGUGGUCUCCCACUGGCAGCGCGCUCAUUAUUGAAACGCGCACGGACAUUGAUACCUCAGGCAAGUCUUACUACGGCGAGACGGGCCUUUUCUUCCUGCAGAGCGACGGUGAGUAUGACUGUAUCGUGCCGCUGACGAAGGAGGGCACGGUGCACGACGUUGCGUGGGACCCCACGGGCCGCGGGUUCGUGGUGAUUGCUGGUACGAUGCCUGCUCAUGCGACCCUGUACGACAACAAGGCGCUUCCCGUGUUCGAGUUCGGCGCAGCGCCUCGUAACCACGUGAGCUGGAGCCCUCACGGACGCUUCCUGUGCCUUGCUGGAUUCGGCAACCUUCGCGGUGACAUGGACUUCUGGGAGCGCAACAAGCUGAAAAAGAUGGGCUCGGCGACUUCCAACUCGGCCACGACGUUUGCUUGGUCGCCUGACAGUCGCUACUUCGCUACGGCCACUACGUUCCCUCGUCUGCGUGUGGACAAUGGCUUCAAGGUCUUCCGCUACGAUGGCACUGGCCCCAUCCACCAGGAAGAGCGUGGCGAGCUCUACGAUCUCAAGUUCCGUCCGGCCGCGCAGGACGUGUACCCGAACCGACCUCAGUCUCCGCGUCGGAAGGGCGAGGAAGAGGGUUUCGGCUCAUCUUCAGCCCCGAAGGCAGCGCCGAAGCCGCAGGCUUACCGUCCGCCUAACUCGACUGGCGCCCUCGCUGCUAUGAUGCGCAAGGAGGAAGGUGGCUCUAGAAAGCUGGACCGCAACAAGUACGUGGCUCCCCGUAGCAGUGCCCCCACGGUUCCUGGUAUGGCUGCGCCCCGGUCAAUUCCUGGUAUGGGAGCUGCUGCUGCGCCCAAGAAGCUGAGCAAGAGCGCGCGCAAGAAGAAGGCCCAGGAAGCCGCGGAGGCGAGGGCUGCCGUCGAGGAGGCACUUGCGAAGGUCGCUGGUGCGGCACCUGCUGAGCAGGCUCCGGCUAAGCCGAGCCCGGCUGAGAUGACCCCCGAGGAGAAGGCCAAGAAGGUGAAGAGCCUGCUGAAGAAGCUCAAGCAGAUCGACACCAUCAAGGCAAAGAAGGAGGCCGGCGAUUCGCUCAACGACGAUCAGCUGGAGAAGCUCAAGACCGAGCAGGCUCUGCGUGAUGAGGUGGCCGAACUUUCCGCGUAA